AAACCUCACGAGAUUUCCCUCACCACGCGGGGAAGAGAAGCGGUGUCCUGCGUUUGCUUUGUUUUCCGAGCUGUUCUUCCCUCUUCCCUUCUCUCUCCUUUACCUGACUUCCUCUUGAAAGGAAGAUCCCUAAACAGCCCGCGUUGGGACGAAGGAUUUGCAGAAACCCAGGGCUGAGUGGGACUUUUUAAUUCUUUCAGCCCUACCUCAGCAACUCACUCCAUGGCAGUUCCCGAGACCCGCCCCAACCACACUAUUUAUAUCAACAAUCUCAACGAGAAGAUCAAGAAGGAUGAGCUGAAGAAGUCCCUGUACGCUAUCUUCUCCCAGUUUGGCCAGAUCCUGGAUAUCCUGGUGUCACGAAGCCUGAAGAUGAGGGGCCAGGCCUUUGUCAUCUUCAAGGAGGUCAGCAGCGCCACCAAUGCCCUGCGCUCCAUGCAGGGUUUCCCCUUCUACGACAAGCCCAUGCGCAUCCAGUACGCCAAGACUGACUCGGAUAUCAUUGCCAAGAUGAAGGGCACCUUUGUGGAGCGGGACCGCAAGCGGGAGAAGAGGAAGCCCAAGAGCCAGGAGACCCCGGCUGCCAAGAAGGCCGUGCAGGGUGGGGCGGCCGCCCCUGUGGUGGGCGCUGUCCAGGGGCCUGUCCCGGGCAUGCCGCCGAUGACCCAGGCGCCCCGCAUCAUGCACCACAUGCCGGGCCAGCCUCCCUACAUGCCGCCCCCCGGCAUGAUCCCGCCUCCGGGCCUCGCACCCGGCCAGAUCCCACCAGGGGCCAUGCCUCCACAGCAGCUUAUGCCGGGACAGAUGCCACCUGCACAGCCUCUUUCAGAAAAUCCACCAAAUCACAUCUUGUUCCUCACAAACCUGCCUGAAGAGACCAACGAGCUCAUGCUUUCCAUGCUUUUCAACCAGUUCCCUGGCUUCAAGGAGGUCCGGCUGGUCCCAGGGCGGCACGACAUCGCCUUCGUGGAGUUUGACAAUGAGGUGCAGGCAGGGGCCGCACGCGACGCCCUGCAGGGUUUCAAGAUCACCCAGAACAACGCCAUGAAGAUCUCCUUUGCCAAGAAGUAGCACCCUUUCCCCAUGUCUCUGUCCCCUGUUCUGGGGCCACCCCCUCCCCCUCUUGGCUCAGCCCCCUGAAGGUAAGUCCCCCUCGGGGGCCUUCUUGGAGCCGUGUGUGAGUGAAUGGUCGCCACACAGCAUUGUACCCAGAGUCUGUCCCCAGACAUUGCACCUGGCGCUGUUAGGCUGGAAUUAAAGUGUUUUUUUUGAGGUUUGUUUUUUUCACAA